AUGGCUUCUUUGGCCGUCGGGUUGGUGGCUUUCCUCGCUCUUUCGCCCUUCGCCUUAACCGAAAAGGUCGGCUAUCUCGAAUCGACUUCAUGUGCAGACCCCAAAGGCCUUGUAACGUGCUAUAAGAACGCGGAGGAACGCUACACAACCUGUAUAAAUGAAAAUUGUGGCGGUGGGGGCGAGGCCUGCUCGAAGUCAUGCGGUGGGAGUAUCUCAUGCAUGAACUCCAAAUGUCCAGGUCUAGGAAUAGACUGCAUGAAUGUGUGCGGAGCUGAACAGUCUGCUCUGCAAAUGGACUGCGCUGGUUCGCACUGCUGGAAUCAGGUCUACUCCUGCGAGUACCAGGACACCGUUAUCGGCUGGAUUGACCAGUACCCUAAUCCUAAUAGGGAUGGGCUGCCAUUCUUCCCAGCGCCAGAUAAUGCACCAGGGUCGUGUUCUUGCAACCUUGGCAAGGUUGACCGCAAGCUGUACCUUGGCACAGAGCAAAUGACAAAAUGUUCAAACAAUGAGACGAAUCUCAACCAAUUCACGAAAGUCGAUGAUAUUACCAGUUAUGGCAAGGCUUGCAGCUGCUGCGCCUUCAGCAGUAUUAUUUCUUCUAUCUGGGAUACUUGUCCUGACACGAAGCCCUCCCUGCUGGGUGCUGAUGAAUGGUUCAGUGGCGUUCUGAAUCCAGGCGACUGGGAUGAGUGUGGACCGUACCUUGAAAACUAUGACUGCGCCGGCGAUUUGGGCUUUGGUCGUGAAGAUGCUGGAGCAUUCAGUAAAUUCUGGAGUCCAACCAGCAUGCCAACCAACGGUACAAAGACUGCGUCCAACAUAGCAGGUGCCAUCACUAGCCCGGUUAGUGGUAAUACCUUCACCUGGAGUAUGGGAGAAACAACCAAUGCGUUUGGAAGAACGACAAGCCCUUUGAUACACACUGUUACUGUGACCUCGGCGAAUGCAGUGGUCACCGGCAAGGGUAAGGCCCAAGCUACCAGUGACGGUGAAAGCACAGCCACCGGCACUUCCUCCAAUGCAGCAGAGAGUGAAACAAAGCAUGGGAUCGGCUCAUCUCUCGGCGUUCCCUCGUGGACUAUGGCAAACUUUAUGGUGGCAGUUUUGUUCUCAACCUUUUGA